AUGUCGUCGGAUGAAGAAGUUGAAACUCCAGAAGUGUCUUCAGAUGCUCCACAAAGCUCUGAAGCGCCGAAAAGUGUGGCUGACAUCUCGAAGAGCUACAAAGAUCGAUUGAACGCUUUACAUAAGAAGAGAGUAAGUUGUUUUCUUCAUGAUUUUUGUUGAUUUAGGUAGAAUGAUGCUUAGUAGCACUGUGAGAAUUAUUUAAUGGAUGUGUUACUAAGGUCUUGAAAAACAAAGGGCUAUUUAUAUUAUCUUAUCUAUGAAAUGAUUGAGGUGAAACAGUUCCUUAUGUUUCAAGACAAAUUUGGAGUUGUCUUCUUAAAAAUCUCAUUGAUUUAGUAAAACUUGUUUAUAAUCUUACUUUUAAGCAAGUUUUUAUAGAAAGUGUAGCUUGUUUAAGUUGUUAAUAAGGUUUUUCUAUAUAUUGUCUAUCAAGGUUUAUGGCGGAGUAACAGUUUGACGAUUUUCUGUAGUGUUUUUCGCGCUUUCUUUGAAAUUGCUUGUCUUUUCAUUAACUUUGAAGUUAUGUUAAGUUAUUCUUUUGUAAUUGUGAAGAUUAUGACGAACUUUGUUGUAGGAACGUUUAUGUUGUCUUAUAGACCAAACUAACAAUUCACAAGAUUUUUUGGUUUUUUCCUUCAUUUUUAAGUUAUUUUUUAAGGAUUUUAUUUAUAUAGUUGUUUUUUGAAGGGAUAAAACUCUUAAAUGUUUAGUGUUGACAAGACUGCUUCUUAUCAAACUUUCAACUUUUAAACCUUCAAUCCUUUUAGCAGAAAGUUAAAUAUAGCUAUGUAAAGUAAUAAAUUACCUUUGUCAAUUCAAAAUUUUUAAAAAUAACAAUUUUUGUUUAGCAAGAAGCACGAAAACUGAACCAUGAAGAAGUUGUUGAAGAAGACCGAAUCUCAAAGUUGCCAAAGAACUUUGAAGCCAGAAAGAAGAGAAAGGACUGGGAAUUGGAAGAGAUGGAAGCCAGAAAAGAAUGUGAAGAACGAGGGGAAGACUUCGACAGGAAUAAGGCAUUGAAUAUACAAGCUGAUGUAGCUGACAAAAUAGCUGCAGCCAAGAAGCGAAAGAAGAACCCAGAUACUGGAUUUGCGAACUAUGAAGCUAUGUCUAUGAGACAAUAUGAACGAUUAACCAACAAUAUAAAGCCAGAUAUGAAGAAUUAUCACAAAAUGAAGACAGUCGUGUAAGUUAUUGGUUGACGAGUUAGUUUUUUGUAUUUAAUAUGAGAUUUUACAUGAUGUUACUUGUUCUUGAUGUUAGAUUACCUGUGUUUAUGUAUAUGGUUUUCCCAAUAUAAAGUCAUAUUUUAGAGGAGAAUCAGAAUUCUACCCAUCCGUGGACACACUAAUCACCGGCUCACAUUACCCAACAGACAAAGCUCUGGCCAAGCUGUCUGAUGACGUUAAAGGGCAGGCCAAGAAGCGAGAACAGUACCACAGAAGAAGAAUGUUCGACCCAGAAGCUCCUAUCGACUACAUCAACGAAAGGAACAGGAAAUUCAACCAGAAAUUGGAGAGAUUCUACGGCGAAUUCACACAAGACAUCAAGGAGGACCUCGAGAGAGGUACCGCCAUUUAA